CAUUCCAACUUCACACUAAAUUUCCUCCUAACUUUUUUUCCCUUUUAAAUUCAUUUUAAGGUUCCAUCAAAUUAUAUUCAAUUUUCAGGUUGAAUUUUAUUGAUUCAUCAAUGAACAAGUUAUACUUUUUGUUGGUUUUUUCUGUCUUUUUUGCUGUAGUAGAUAUUCAUGGAGUUGAAGGUGGAGCAAUAAUAACUGGUACUGUUUUCUGUGACCAAUGUAAAGAUGGCCAUGUGUCCAUAUUUGAUUAUCCUCUAUCCGAUACGAAUGUGGCAAUGGUAUGUACAGGGAGUAAUGGGCAGACAGUAGUUGGACAAGAGACCACAAACAUGAUGGGCAGCUAUACCAUAAGUUUUGGGGGUUCACCUGAUUUAAGCAGCUGUUUUGUUCAGAUCACUCCUAAAAAUGGGCCUGACCCAAAUAAUAGAUGUGGGGCUUCUAUAGGCCCACCCAAAUCUUUAAGGCUAAUGUUUAGCAUGUUUGAUAUGAAAAUGUAUUCUGUUGAUCCCUUGAUUUCUCAACCUGCUCAACCUCUGUCUUAUUGUUCUACUUCUUCACCCUCAUCAUCACCUCCUAAUACUACUCCUAUCUCUUUACCACCACCUACGACUUCGAUUCCUCCACCCAUCACCCCGGUCACUCCCUCGGUCCCUCCUAAAGCUCCUACGACUCCCGGCUUUAAGCUCCCUCCUAUGUUUCACAUGCCAUCAUCGCCUUUCACACAAAAUUCGGCGUGCUCCAAUGAAUAUUGGAUGAAGCCAGAAUACAAAUGCUACUGGAAAUUAGUGAACCCUGAAAUGCCAGUGGCUCUAGUAUUCGGACCCUUAGCAGCCCAAAAAUAUGGAAAUGACUUAACAUUGUGGUCAGGACUUAAAGGCAAAGGUGACCCUUACAAGACCCUCUUAAGGGAAACUGUCACUGCACUUCUCAACUCCUACAACAGCUUCCAUUUCCCUUACAACGCGAUUCAAGUGCUCCAUAACUUCAACACCGCGAUGACUGGCUCUACUCGUAGUGUUCUUCUCACUGCCUUGAGGUUCAAGAGGGCUAAUUCUGGUUAUGGUCGUGUUCCUUGCAAAUUUCAAGCUUGCAAAUAAUUUACUAGCCUAGCUAUUAAUCCGUAUUUAUGUAUAAGUUUUAAUAUAUUACGAAUUUAUAUAAUAGAUUAUAUAUCAUGUAGAGAUUUAUUUUGGAAGGUACGUAUACAAUCAGUUGUUAGUUGGUUGUAUACUUGUAUGUGCAUGAUUAUAUGGUACGGAGCUGAUACUAAUUUAAGAUAUAUAGUAUGCUUUGUUUUGAAUU